CUGGGCAGGAAAUGUGGACCAAAAUAGAGAGGCAGUCACUUGCGUCUGUCGGUUUUCUGCCUCUCUUUCCUUCUUACUCUCCCGUUUGAUUCUUCCGCCACGUCCUCUUCAAUCCUUUCACCGUCACCCUUCCUCGUCCCGUCUUCUCCCAGCUUAUAUAUACCCCGCCUCUUCCCAAUCGUACCGUUCCCACCACCCUCAGUCCGCAGCUGCAUACGUGCUUGGAAGCAGACACUGAGAACGGAAGGAGCGCUGCACAGUGCACAGUGCAAACCACCACUGCACAGCCCCCCACCCGCACCACUUUCACCCCUGAGACCACCUAGGCCCUAGUCGCUGCCCGACCCGCGCAGAGUAAUCAAUGAGCUGCUGCUAGCGGGGAUCCCACCCAUCACAGCCUCAACUGGCACUGCCGCUCAAGUCCAUAAGACGUUGGAAAACGCCGGCCCCGGCGUCCCUAGCGGCAUUCCUCGACCUUCCUCGACCAAUUCUACUUUCGGCUUUUCGAGCUUCGACCUGCCAUGUUUCCCACCAACUGAACCCGGGUGUGACAAAGGCAAACGAACGAACUCGUCGAGGGGCAACACCCCCCACUACUAGCGUCCACGGUCGAUAUCUGGGGCACCUCGCGGCCCCCUCGCAACACUGAUCGUCAUGGUCGAGUCGGCCAACGUCCGCGGCGGCCUGAACACGGGCCAUUGGGCCGGCUCCCUCCCUCGGGCCAAAACGCCCCAACCAUUCGAAAGCGUGCCCACCCCUAUCCGUGCGAACCAGUCGUCCAAACUCGACCGCCAGGUUCCCCGGACUUUUGAUCUUCAGUUGCUCCCACCACACCGCUACCCCCCGCCGCCGAGUGUCGAAGACGAGGCCCAGUCGCUGGCCAAAGAGCUCAGUGGCCCCGUCUCCUCGGUCGUGUCGUCCGAAGACGAGCCCAUAAACCGCGGCGAAUUGGACCAGCAUCCGAUUCUGGAGGCGGUCAAUGGCCAAGAUGACAGCGCCAGCAGCCCCGACAGCCCUGACAUCCCCGAGUGGAGGUUUGUCCAUGUGCCGACGUCUGGCAGCGAUGGCAACGACAAGACCGUCAAGGCGAAGCCCGCCUACGAGGCCAACACAUGCCGCAAGUUCACCAUGCCACUGCGGACUACAGAUAAACCGGCAGAAAAACCAACAGAUAAACCGGCCGACAAGCUGGCCGACAAGCUGGCCGAGAAGCCGGCCGAGAAGCAGCCCGAUAGGCAGGACGAUAGGCAGGGUAGGCUAGGCGGCAGACUGGGCGAUACGCUGGGCGACAAGCAGGAGGAGGACUACCGGAGCAAAAGCCGAAGGCGACGAAGCGAAUUGCCUCGCAUCGAGACCGACUUUGCUGGCGGCAUCCCCCCUCCGCGCUCCUCCCGAACUCCCGGUCCCACCUCCUCCCGCACCCCAGCCAGAUCGCCGUCCCCAUCGAGGGACCGUGACAGGAACAAGUCCAUGGGCCGUUCAAGAGCCCGCUCCAGAGCAUCGCCCCCAUUAAUUCACAGAACAAAAUCCAGCGCUCAGAUAGACCAGGAGCCUCUGGACUACUUUGGAAAGCAAGAGUCACGUGGACCUCCUGGUGAUGGGUACUUGUCGCCGGCCCCUUCCGUCAUAAAGCACUCGACCAAAGGGCGGGAUAGGGCCUAUGUCGACUUCAACCCCAGCAGCGCUGGCGGUGAAUCGCGCCGUCGGUCCAACACAGUCAGCAGGCCAGCAAAUGAUGACCACAGCGGGGGACGGAGUGCCAUCGGACUUGACCGGCUGCGCUGCCCUUCAGAAGACGUUCCAAUGCACAGGCGCUCGGCUAGUGCCAUUGACAUACCAAAAGACUACCGGAGGCCUUUGGAUCGGGAUCGGGAAAAAGAUCGCGACCGAGAGCGUGACCGGGAUCGCGAUAGGGAUCGCGACCGGGACCGGGAUCGAGACCGUGAUCGUGACCGAGAACGGGAACGAGACCGCGAUCGCGAUGGCAAAAGGCACGGAACCCGCUACUACCAUGGCGAAGUCUCGAGCUCGCGAUCCGAUAGGAGGUCCUCACCUCCAUCACGCCGUCACUCUCAGCGUCAGAAGUCAACAAGGGACGAUUCGGGAUACAGAAGUCAGCGCUCCCCACAGACACGGACCCAUAGCGACUCCUCGAGCGACGAGUUUUCUGCGGUUUCGCGCCGUUCGGCCUGGGACGCCCGCGAACGACGCAAGUCCUUCAUCGGGCAGGCCGACCAGAACUACCUCCUUGGCCCAGACUCCAGCCGGUCACACGCAAAUGGGAGAACGGGCGGCGGCGUCUCAAGGCGAGGUACCCCUCUGCCCUCGCCAAGGGCGUCUACUUCGGCGGUUGGGGCUACUUCUGCUCUUCCGAGCCCUCGAUCCUCGACGAGCUUCCCAAUCCCCGAGGAGACCAUCAUCCGGCCCAGCGAGGAGCACCUCCUUGUCCCUCCUGCGUCCCCCUUAUCCCCCACCAAACCAUCGCUCAGCGGGGCUUUCCUUGCGGUACCAGCCGAAGCUGAACCGCCACGACGUCCAGAGUCGCGGUCGCAGUCUUAUCGUCCCGAAACCUCUCGACGGCCCGAGUCCAGGGCGCAGCUUCGCACGUCGAGCUUUCCGCCCUCUAUACCUCCCGUGGCUGCCGCCGCCGCCGCCGCCGGGGCGGCCGCUGUCGCUGCUGUUGCCAAGUCUUCCGCCGCGGUUUGGGAUGCUGCGUCCCCAAUCGACCGGAAGAAGACGCCUGCUCCACAGCCGACGCGUGAAGACUCGAUCAGCUCGGACGGAUCCCAGAACUACUGGCAACCACCCUCCUUGGUGCCCUCCACCUCGGGACACUCGGUACAGUCAGCCGUCUCCCUCGUUCAGGCUCCAACAGACAGGGACGACGGAUCACUGCCGAUUUGCAACCGCCGGGAGCCACAGGCUGGCUUUAGCGACUGGAUAACGCUCCCCCUCGCUCCCACAUUCAACAUCUGCCCCAGCUGCUACAAAGGCAUUUUCGCAGACACCGAGUUUGCGCAUUCUUUCGUCUCCGCGCCCUACCGCCCGUCAGACCGGCCCAUAGCGUGCGACAUGGGAACGUCGGCCUGGUACCACGAAGCCUGGGUCUUGAUAAAGAGACACCGACUUCCCAACCUGCAGCUGAUCCAAAAGAUGGCCGUGAGCGCCGGCAAGCACCAGCCGUGCACCGGUAACCAGACCGCAACGCGCGUGUGGAUGACAGUCCGGCGCCCUGGGAACGGCGAGCCCGUGGAGAACUUUACAGCAUGUCUGCCCUGCGCCGAAGCAGUGCAUAUACUGUUCCCGAACCUGGCCGGAGUCUUCCAGCCACUCGGCCUGAAAGCCGAGCCGACUCACUCCACUUGUUCGCUCGACUGCGCGCCAACACGAAGAAAGUGGUUUGGGCGUUACCUGGACCAGUUUGAGCAAGUGUCCGAGGACGCACUUAAACGCGGCUCGGCUCCGGACAUGCGGCAGCUCUGUUCGAGGCUGAAGCGCGUCACCGAGGUGAUGUGCGCUCGCAGCCGGCAGCUGAAGGGCCGCGAGUGGUUCGUCAUGAAUUCGGUGCCCGAGAUGACGGUCUGCAAGGUCUGCUACGAUGACGCGGUGGUCCCGGAGCUGGACCUCAUGAACCCGGUGGCCAUAGACUUCCUCUCCCACCCAGUCUUUCUGAAACGGCCGCAUACCUGCCAGCUCUACUCGGAUCGCAUGCGCGCCAUCUUCCAGAAGGCAUGCCGUACCCAGGACAUGGGCCUCCUGGUCCAGAGAGUGAGCGAGAGGGCCGAGGUGGAAAAGGAGUGCAGGAACAAGCUGGCCGAGUACGAAGCCCGCAAUGCGAGCUCGGGUGGCGUAUAUCAGCACAAGCUCGACUACUACACUAGGAGGUGGCAGAGGGUUGAGUGAGCAUGAUGUCGUCAUUGUGUCAUGAUAACGAAAGCGACGACUACAGAUUUCACGAGAUUUCCCUUUUCUUAUUGUAUCAACAUUCCAUGGGAGAGAUUUGGAUCUUUUUUACACUGUUCCUAUGAAGGUCCUGUGCAUUUCUCAGCCAGAUUUUUUUUUCUCAAGGUGGCUCGACGAAGGGUGGGCUUGAAUAGAAGGAACAGACGUUUCACAUGAUAAAUAAACACCACCUGCAAUACCAGACAAAAAGACUAGACGCAUCCAUGUUGAAUUCGCUCCGCGGCCACAGCAGCUUCCUAC